AUGCCUUCUAUCCGCCCUAUCACGAUGCCCUCUCUAUCUACCCUAGUCACCCCCCUUUACUCUUCUUCCGCUGUCAUCAUCACCCCUCUUCUUGCCGGUAUUAUCAUCGCUUUCGGGCGCGUCCUAGGAUGGCCCUCCUUAUCCGAUUUCAUUCCUUUUGUGCUGGGACUUGCCACGUACCUUUUCAAGGUUCACCCAGCACUCGGGUUUGUUUUCAUUACCUUCUUCUCUCUCUUCGCGGUCACGGUUCUAGGUAUAUCCGACGAGGCUGACGUCUCUACGUGGUUGGUGAUCCCCUGGCUCAUCGCGCAGGCUGGCCUGUGGGUGUAUACAUCCUACGGUUGGUAUGCUUGGUGGGCUGCAUCUAUCGCUAUCGCCAUCAAGAACUACGGCAUGUCGCCUCCUGUCUGGUGUAUCCCACAGAUCCUCAUUUCUAUGUGGUUCAAGCAACUGUUCUCUGACCUCAACGAGGAACACAUUCGUCAAUUUGGCUAUCGCCAUUCUCCGGAUUGUGUGACCUACGUUUACAAUGAGCUUCAGAAGCUUGAGUGGAGUCUUGACACCCGCGAACUUAAGGAUAUCUGCUUCCAAUGGGGAGACUGGUCUGUGACUCUGGUUCGUCGAGUCGCAGGACAGUUCACUGCUCGUCCUACCCCCCCUGCUGGCCCUAUCCCCCCUGCUCUCCCUGCCCCUCCCGCUCGUUCUCUCUCUCCCGCUCUCCCUCAGCCAACCCCUCUGUUGAAUCCCGAUGGUACCAUGGUUCCUUAUGAGCAGGUCAUCACUCAUAGGGCUGCCGAACCUGAAGCCUUCUCCAGCAUGCAGAGAGUGCACCGCCCCUUCCUACCUGAGACUGCUCGCGACAGGUACUUCUGCGACAAAUGGUUGGAAGAGAAGAGCAAACAGCGAAAUGACAAACCCUACCGGCCAAUUCGUCGUCAUAUUGCUGUUCCCCCUCCCGCUAGGCCUCUUUUCUCUAGGCGUCUCGAGGGUCGAGAGCGUAAAAGGUACAGUCUGGCUGACUUUCCGCAUCAUCAUGUGUUCAUGAGUUGUCUGGAGAAUUCCGCGCCUACGUUCCUCAACGGUGCCCCUGUCCUCGGUGCGCUGACCGCACCUGCUCCUGUGCCGGUUCCUGAGCCUCAGCUACCCCCCCAGCCAAUCUACCAGCAGGUGUUCCACCAGCUGGAAUGGGUGCCCGAGUCUCAGCCGCCCCAGAUUGCGUCAGUGGUUGUGUAUCCAGCUAACAAUGUCAACGUCAACACCCCUUGUGAACCAGCCGUUCCCGCGCUGGGCCAAGCCAUUGACAUAUACAACUACAACGCUAUGCCUCUCUAUGUCACACCCCAAGAGCCAGCGCCAAUUGUACCAACACCCAUGGAGGUGGAUAUCCCGGAGCACGAGGAAUUCCUGCCAGAAGAGAUGGAUGUUCAAGAGGAUGUCCAGGAACAUGACAUCCCUGGCUUUAUGUCCGUGGAGCAGAUGGAAGACGAACUUGUCAACCAUCACGAUGCUCUAACCAACGCCCAAGCCAACGUCAACGACAACACCAACGUUGGUCAAGCUGACAAGAAGCCGGACGACAAGCCAGGCUACGAGAGCUUGGACGAACGUAUGGGUGCCUCCCCGUUCAACGACUGCAAGAUCAGGAAGGAUCAAACCCCUACCAAAUCUCAGUCGCGGCCCAUGCGCAAGCCCAAGUCGUUCAAGCCUCGUGCCUUGAACUCCUCGGAUUCCUCUAGCGAUUCGAGCAACGACGAUCCGACGCAAGACUCUACAUACAGGUACCACUCUAAGGGCAAGGCUGUCUCCAAGCCCUCUGUACAGUCUUCGUCGACGUCGCAAAGCAACAGCCUUGGUGGUGGGCUGCAGGCAAGCAUGUACAAUGCCAACAACCUUGCUUCCGCAGCGCAGACGCCAUCGUCCCAGGCUCUGCCAUCAGCACUGCAGUCGACGCCGACAGCCAACCAGUCACCAUUGACCCAGGCGUCCUCUCAGUUCUCGGUCCCACAGAUGCCACUACCUCAGGCUCAGCCGACAAUCGCUCAGUCGCCAUCCGCCCUGCCAAUGUCUCAAUUCUCAGUCCCGCAGAUGCCACUGCCCCAGACCCAGUUCCAGGCUCACUCAACUACAGCCUCGGCAGCCCAGGCAUUCCCUCGGGUAUUCUCUCCGGUGCCAGUUGCGCCAAUGUCUGAGUUCUCAGUCCCGCAGGUACAACUGCCCCAGGUCCAGCCCUCUACGCCGAAGCCGAAGCAGACAGUCCAGCAGAUGCCGCUGCCCCAGGCUCUGCCCCAGACGCCGAAGCCGAAGCCGACAACCUCUCAGCUGACCUGGCCCCAACCUGCGCCCCCGACAUCGGAGCCUCAACAGACAAUGGUCCUGCCCCCCCUGAAGCCUCAGCAGACAAUCCAGCAGAAGCCAUCGACCCAGGCUCUGCCCCCAACGCCCAAGCCUCAGCCGACAACAUCGCAACUGACCUGGCCCGAGACUACGCCAUCGACGCCUAAGCCUAAGCAGACAACCCCGCAGGAGCCAUCGUCGCAGGCACUGCCCCCGAUGCUAAAGGCCGAGAAGGCAAUGGCACCAGCAAGGCGAAUGGCCACGCCAAAAUCGCGAAAGGCAUUGAUCAACCAGGCUGAGAAGCCAUCUUCGACGACGGCGGCCCAAAAGCCUGCUCAGAAGCCUCAGGCCCCUCGUCUUCCGGGAAAAUCCAAGCCAGCGAAUGCCACGUCGACCCUUUACACCGAGCCCGUCUCCUCUAAGGGCAAAGGUCCUGCAGCUAAGCCCGCGGCAUCGCAACCGGAAUUCGUCGAUGAGGAAGAUGACUUUGAAGACAAGGUCUGUGAGUUUAUGGAUGGUGGUUUGAGCCACGAACAGGCCUAUACGAUGGCAGAACACUACUUCAACCAGCGAAGACUAAACCGUCGUUGA